AUGUCUUUCACAUCCAUUCCAGUCCUCGACUUGUCGUUGUCUCGGGAUCCCAAAACGAAGCCUCAAUUUCUUGCAGACCUCCGCCAUGCGCUGAUGGAAAUCGGCUUCCUGUAUCUCAAAAAUGCAGGUAUCCCUGAUGAGCUGUUCCAGAGGGUGAUCAAGGAGGGAAAGGCCUUUUUCGACAUUCCCACGGAAGAAAAACUCAAAAUUGAGAUGAAGAACGCCAAGUCCUUCCUGGGAUACUCCCAACUCUCAGCCGAGAUCACAGCUGGCAAGAUAGACCACCGCGAACAAAUCGACCUCUCGACGGAGCAUCCAGUGCCAAGUGCCAAAGAUCCUCUCUAUUACAACCUCCUCGCACCGAACCAGUGGCCCUCAGAACAGGCCCUGCCCGGCUUCCGGGACACCUUCACAGACUACAUGGACCGCAUGGGCAAGAUCUCCAUGGCCUUCACCUCCCUCAUCGCCGAGGCCAUCGGCCUCCCGCCCGACGCCUUUAACAAAUACUUCGACGCAGACCAGCAGCACAAGCUCAAGAUCGUCAAGUACCCGGACGUCAGCGAGCUGGGCAUCGACGCGGCGUCGGGCGUGCAGGGCCAGGGCGUCGGCCCGCACAAGGACAGCAUGCUGACGAGCUACCUCCUCCAAGCGAGCCACCACCGCGGGCUGCAGGCGCAGAACGUCAAGGGGGAGUGGAUCGACGCGCCGCCCAUCGACGGGACGCUCGUGGUCGCCAUCGGGCAGGGGAUGGAGGCGUUGACGCAGGGCGUCUGCGUGUCGACGACGCACCGCGUGCUGAGCCCCGGGCCGGGCGAGGGCGCGCGGUUCUCGAUUCCCUUCUUCCAGGGUGUCAGGGGCGACGCGGAGUUUGAGGAUCUGGAGAGCGUCGGGGUGGGGAGCGUGCCGGAGGAGGUCAAGGAGCAGAGGCGCCAGGUGAUUGAGAAGAACGGGGGCCGGCUUGACGAUGUUGAGUUUACGUUUCGCAAGGGCGGCGUGGCGAAGACGCUUGGGGAGGCGACGUUGAGGAACCGGGUGAAGAGUCAUCCGGAUGUUGGGGAGAGGUGGUAUCCUGAUAUUCUUGCCGCUAUUCGGGAAGAGCAGAGGGCAGCGGUUGCGGUGCCGGCGCAGUGA